AUGUCUACCGUGCCGCUGCGGGUGGCAGUGGUGUGUGCCAGCAACCAGAACCGGAGCAUGGAGGCCCACUACUUUCUCAGCAAACGGGGAUUCAGCGUCCGGUCCUUUGGAACGGGAACUCACGUGAAGCUCCCGGGCCCCGCACCCGACCAGCCCAACAUUUACGAUUUCCGAACCACCUAUGACCAGAUGUACAACGAUCUCGUCAGCAAGGACAGAGACCUCUACACGCAAAAUGGCAUGUUACAUAUGUUGGAGCGUAACAAAAGGAUCAAGCCCCGGCCGGAGAGGUUCCAGAACUGCCAGGACGUGUUUGAUCUGAUUGUCACCUGCGAAGAGAGUGUGUACGACCAGGUGGUGGAAGAUAUGAAUUCCAGAGAGCAAGUGACCUGCCAGCCGGUGCACGUGAUCAACGUGGACAUCGAGGACAACGACGAAGAGGCCACCGUGGGCGCGAUCCUCAUCUGCAAGCUGUGCCAGUGCAUUCAGCACACCGAGGACAUGGAGGACGAAUUGGACGAGCUGUUGCAGGAGUUCGAGGAGAAGAGCGGCAGACCCUUCCUGCACACCGUGUGCUUCUACUGA